UGUCCUUAAAACACCUAAGGGAACAAAAGAUUGGGAUGAUAGAGAUAUGACUAUAAAAGAAGAAAUGUUUUCAAGAAUUGCAAAAGUAUUUAAACGUCAUGGAGGAAUAACGAUCGAUACACCAACAUUUGAAUUGAAGGAAAUUUUAUCAGGGAAAUAUGGGGAAGAAAGUAAACUUAUAUAUGAUCUUCAGGACCAGGGAGGGGAAUUGUGUUCAUUACGGUAUGAUUUGACGGUUCCUUUUGCGAGAUAUGUUGCAAUGAAUCCUACAAUUCAAUAUAUUAAAAGAUAUCAUAUUGGUAAAGUGUAUAGAAGAGAUCAGCCAGCAUUAAUGAAAGGUCGUAUGAGGGAAUUUUAUCAAUGCGACUUUGAUAUUGCAGGUCAUUAUGAUCCAAUGUUACCAGAUGCAGAAAUUCUUAAAAUUCUUGUUGAAAUACUUGAUGAAUUAAAUAUAGGAAACUAUAGUAUUAAAUUGAAUCAUCGUAAAAUAUUGGAUGGAAUUUUUGAUGUAUGUGGUGUUCCAAAGGAAAAAUUUCGGACUAUUUCUAGUUCAAUUGAUAAAUUAGACAAAUUGCCAUGGAGUGAUGUAAAGCAAGAAAUGGUAAAGGAAAAGGGACUUAAUGAAUCGCUAGCGGAUAAGAUUGGUAAUUAUAUUAUAAAAAAAGGAGGGAGAGAUCUUUUAGAAGAGUUAAGAUCUGAUAAAUUAUUAAGCAAACAUGAGAUUUCUCUUGAAGGAAUAAAUGAUAUGGAAAUUUUAUAUAAUUAUCUUGAAUGUCUAGAUAUACAUUCUAAAGUUUCUUUUGAUCUUUCAUUAGCACGAGGUAUCGAUUACUAUACAGGGCUUAUUUAUGAAGCAAUUUUUGAGCCCAAUACCAUAUCUAAUCUCUGUUCAAAUAUGAAAGAACUUCAAUUCGAUAAAAUCAAAAAUGAUUACACAGGAAUUGGAUCUAUUGCAGCUGGUGGAAGAUACGAUGAUUUAGUUGGAAUAUUUUCACCAAAGAAAAAAAAAGUUCCAUGUGUUGGUGUUUCUAUUGGCGUUGAACGUAUUUUUUCAAUCCUAAAAUUUCGUCUUUCUACUUCAACAAUUAAAACUAAUAAUACUGAUGUUUAUGUAAUGGAAUUUGGAUCUGGAAACAAAUCUCCAUCUAUGGUCAAAGAAAGAUUACAAAUAUGUAAAGAAUUGUGGAAUUCUGGAAUAAAUACACAAUUUUUAUAUAAAAUUAAACCUAAAUUUAGACAACAAUUUGAUGCUGCCGAAAAAGAUCAAAUACCAAUUGCUGUUAUUUUCGGCCAAGAUGAAAUUGCAAAUAAUCAGGUUCGUAUCAAAGUUUUAGGACAAGGAGAACAAAAUACUGGAGAGCUUGUACCAAGAAAUGAAAUGAUAUCUAAAAUUUUAGAUAUUUUGAAAAAAACUUCUAAAAAUAAUUCAUACAUUUUCUAAUACAUUUUAUAAUAUUUUAUUAUUUUUAUUUAAAUCAUUUCUUAAU